AUGGUGGUUCACAAGAAUCACCUGAUCGGCUGGUGCCUCAAUGGGAGCGCUGCGCCACUCUACGCACACACAAUAGAUGAACUUGCGCGGCUGCGACCCGCGAGGCUGAAGACGUUGUCACCCGAGAACGCCCUCGUGUGCGGGACAUACUACGAGUGGGAUAACUGGAGGGAGGUGGCGAGGGAACCCGGGUGGUCAUGGCAUCUGGCGGAUGAGCACGUUACGGACGGGCUUGUAAAUGGACAGAUGACUUUUGAUGAGCUUCGUAGAGCGGCUGUUGAGGCUUCAUAG